AUGCCUCAUAACGAUUGCCUCGUCGUGGAGCUUCAGCUCGGAGACGUUGAAGCAAGCAGGAUAUUAAUCGACACGGGUAGUUCGGUAAACGUCAUAUUCAAGGAAACACUCAAGAAUAUGGACUUUCUGGAUUCCGAGCUCAAGCCUUAUAUGGAAUCAUUGACCGGGUUCACCGGAGAAAAAACAAGGACAGUAGGAACGGUGAAGAUACCCAUUUAUGUCGGCGGGUCAGCCCGAAUGAUUAAAUUCCUGGUUCUCAACAAACCGGCAAUAUACAAUGCGAUUUUGGGGACGCCAUGGCUGUUCGACAUGAAAGCCGUCGCUUCAACGUUCCAUCAGUGCGUCAAGUUCCCAAUCCCGUCAGGAAUUUUCACCCUCAAAGGAAGCCAGACCGCGUCCCGACUAUGUCAUCUCACCGAGUGCAAGCUCAGUCUCGCACGAACAUGCGUCAUCAGCCCCUUUCAGGAAGAUCGUACGGCCGCAGUAAGCCAGUUCGGUCCACCCAAACAGAGCCAGGUCGACCAAGUCUGCAUUGAUCCAACAGAUCCAGAAAAAUGUGUCGGCAUAGGGGCCGAACUCGACAACAAUAUUCCGGAAGCACUCGUCAGCUUCCUCCAGAAGAACGUCUCCACAUUCGCAUGGAAUAUCAGCGACAUGCCCGGAAUCAGUCCAGACAUCACUUGCCACGAGCUGAACAUCAAUCCUACAUAUAAACAUAUCAAGCAAAAGAGGCGCAAGCUCGGACCCUAG